UUUCAGUGGUAAGCUGAGCUUCCGUGUGCCGCAAUUUGAAAAGCCAGUUGGGAAACUUACUGUGUUUUGAUUUUAGUCUGUUCCACAUGCUUUGCGAAAUAUCUGCCAUUGAGACCCGAAGCGUUCGCAAAAGCUAGUUAACGGCAACCGACGUACGUCGGCAAUGACAAAAUGUGGACUUUCUUAAAAGCUUUCGCACUGGCGCAGCGUCUGACGAAUGGCGGCGCAACAUCAGGGUAUGACGUACGCGUUGACGUAUCAGCAAAAAGCGCACGCUCACCACUGGGAGUUGUGGCUGUGGUGUGACGCGGAAUCAGAAGCAGCAAGUCAAAACAUGCGAGACAAGCAUCUCUCGACAACGGCUAAAAAAAAAAAAAAGAAGAAUCGGUCGUCGGAAAGAAUCGCAUCGCAGAAUCGCAGCAUGUGAAGCAGGCAUUCGCGCGUAUAAGCCGCGCCCUCCACAGCGUUCAAUCGAUUAUCCUCACGAAACGCGCGUUCGCAGCUUUGCCUCAAGCUAUGUCAGCAAGGAGCCGUGCUGAAGAACUGCAGCUGCGAGUCGAGCUUCAUGCCCGCUCCGUCCUACACCCAUUACAACGUCUGCGACGUUCUCAACAACAACGAGACCCUGUACUGUGUCGACCGUGUGAGACGUCAUUAUGAACUGGGUCAACUAGAAUGCAACUGCCCGCAAGCUUGCGUAGAAACGUUGUUCUUGAAAUCAGCCUCCAUUGCAGCGUGGGCCAAAGACGUGGGUGGGAGCACCAAUGCCUACAGACAACGGACAAAAAGAAGUUCCGUCCCUGCCAAAGUGGUCAUCUACUUCCAAAGCCUCACAGCGCAGAAUGUUCGACAAGUGGCUCAAUACAGCCCUUCGAACCUGGUGAGCAACAUGGGCGGCAUACUGGGGAUGUACGUGAGCUUCUCGUUCCUGGUGAUCUUCGAGAUAUUCGAGGUGAUCGCCCGCUCGGUGCUGUCGGCGCUGCGGGUCUGGAGAUCGCGCAACCGGCAGCAGGCGCCCGCCACCAGCGCCUGGUGGAAGGUCGAGAGGCCGGUGGCCGCCGCAGUGCCAGAGACGUUCUACACGAGCCGCGCUAUGCCUAUUUUCCAGAGGCCCUCGCUGUCACUAUACCAGGGCACUGCCAGUCGGUGGCGAUGACCUGCAGGGAGCGCUCGCAACAUCGAGCUAUAUAUAGCCGCCCGUCCAGAAAGCGUCGCAUCGAGUUAGAGAAAGAGGACAAGCAAGAAGACAGAGAGAACCAACCGUGGACUCCUAGUACCAAUUUGGUACAUUGUCAGAUGUCUACUUUGCAGCAAUUGGUGCGUUGUACCAGUUGCUUCGAGACUAUUUUCUUGUUACGUAUUUUGUUUAUGUUCAGUACAUUGUGCUAUUCCUCAUUCCUCUGAUUCUUCCCCAAAUGUUUCUAUUGUUUUCCUGUCAGAGCUAAAUGCCUUCUUCAAAUUUCAUGCAAAUUUUGGCCAACCCACCAUAGUGGGUAUGCGCCACCAAUAAAAGUAAGAAACAAACAGACUCUUUGGACACCGAGAAAGCAGUGUGAAAGAUGAAGACGACGCGGAGACCAUUCCACCUUGGCCAAUCCCCCAGUGUGGGUAUGAGCCAUAAUAUGAGGCCAUCAUCAUCAUCAUCAUCCACGAAAACAAAUAGGUUUUCGGCAUGGUUUCUCCAUUUGAUGUGCGCAUGCAGACUUGGAAAGCCGUAUCCAAUAACUUGCUCGGCAUCGGAAACAAUUUAGUGCAUUAGUGACUCUUCACUUAGCGAAAGAUUAUGAUAGCAUCGAGUACCCGCUACUGCUGGACAGACUACAAUUUUCUUGGGUAUAUAACGGCAUUCAUUUUAGAAUUUUUAACAGACUUUUUUUGUUUUCAAGUUCAAGCAGACAAGAGAGGUGCCCCAGAGGGCUGUUCUGGCUCCUGUACUAUUUAACCUGUUGAUGAUGAUGAGUUACGUUCCGCUGCACCAGGAGAUGUAUGUCUAUACAGAUGACAUCACAUUUUUCGUGGCAGCGGGAGAUAUCAAUUCUCUUUACCUGUCUUUGCAAGCAUACCAUUGUGCUCUAGAGGCGUGGCUUCACAACCUUCAUCUGUCACAAAACGGAAAUAA